ACGUCACUUCCUGGAGACUGGCUGAAUCCGGAAGCGAUCCCCCAGGACCGAGGUGCAGCUGAGGACCCCGGCGGCAGGGCCAGCUUCGGGACCAUGAGCUGGAUUCCUUUCAAGAUUGGGCAGCCCAAGAAACAGGUUGUCCCCAAAACAGUGGAAAGAGACUUUGAAAGGGAGUAUGGAAAACUCCAGCAGCUGGAGGAGCAGACCAAGCGGCUGCAGAAGGACAUGAAGAAGAGCACGGACGCCGACCUGGCCAUGUCCAAGUCCGCUGUGAAGAUAUCCUUGGACUUGCUCUCCAAUCCCCUCUGCGAGCAAGACCAGGACUUUCUGAACAUGGUGACAGCCCUGGACACGGCCAUGAAGCGGAUGGAUGCCUUCAACCAGGAAAAGGUGAACCAGAUACAAAAGACUGUGAUUGAACCCUUAAAAAAGUUUGGCAGUGUCUUCCCGAGCCUCAACAUGGCCGUGAAACGGCGGGAGCAGGCCUUGCAGGACUACAGGAGGUUGCAGGCCAAGGUGGAGAAGUACGAGGAGAAGGAGAAGACAGGGCCGGUGCUGGCCAAACUCCACCAGGCCCGAGAAGAGCUUCGGCCUGUGCGGGAUGACUUUGAGGCCAAGAACAAGCAGCUCCUGGAUGAGAUGCCGCGGUUCUACAACAGCCGACUGGACUACUUCCAGCCCAGCUUUGAGUCCCUGAUCCGAGCACAGGUCGUGUACUACUCGGAAAUGCACAAGAUUUUCGGAGACCUGACCCAGCAGCUUGCCCAGCCCGGCCGUCCUGAUGAGCAGCGGGAGCGGGAGAACGAGGCCAGACUGAGCGAGCUCAGAGCCCUCUCCAUCGUGGCCGAUGACUGAGCCCGGCCCUCGGAAGUCUCUGAAACACCAGUCGGCCUCUCUAGCUUACGCUUCACGAGCUCAGGCUCGGGCAUCAGGGAGCAAAGGGGCCUUGCCUGGGAGAAGGAUGGGGAUACCGGCAGCUCCCACUGCACCACCCCAGCCUUGGGAAUGAGUCUGGAACCAGGAGCCCCGAGCAGGCUCUCACCUCCCCACUCGUAGCAAGAACCCACCGACAGGUAAGCAGUGUAGACUGUCUUAGGCCCUAAAGGACCGUCCAAAGUGCAUCCUGGCCUAGGGCCAGAGCCUGGGCUCUUGUCUGCUCCCUUGAAGUCUUAGCCUGGCUUGCACGGUUGGGAUCACUUCUACCUCCAAAAGGGCCACCCUGGGGAGUCACCCACCCUUGCUGCCUUUUCACCUCAGACUCGCCUGUUCUGGGAGAGGCCUCGACACUGCCCUGGGCAAUGUGAAAGCCACGGUCUCCCAGCCGCAACAGGCCCCUCACCCCAGCCUCUCGGCAAGACAGCGGCCGGCUCUGCCCACUUCUAGACUUUGGGUCAACCGCGGGGCAGAGCCCCAAGUCUUGCAGCUUCCCUAGGAAGCUGGGACUCAACGCAUGUCAACAGCCUACCCCACAAAAUGUCACAGACCGAGUCACAGGCCUCAGAGCAACAACAGUGGGUUUAUGUCUUACCUCAUUAUUUGGGAUUUUAUUUUUCCAAGUAAAAAGUUUUCAAUAAAAUGUCCGUGUAUUGUUGUGCCGUAACUAAAGAGAGGAGGGGAGGAGCCACCCCAAGUCUUUCCCAGACCCCGCGGCAGCCCCCCUCCUGGGCAGCAGAGCCCAGAGCUGCACCCCUCCACCCUCCGGAGGUGACACCUGCAUCGAGCAGAGGCUGCGCUGAGGGUUGGGAGGAGGGCGGAGCACAGGCAGACCUAGAAGAGGAGCGAGGGGAGAGUUACGGAGGACACUUAGUUUGUUUUGACUUUGGUUUAUUUAAAAAACAAAAAGCCAAAAAAAACCAAAACAGAACACUUUAUAUACAAAGUCAAACUGAAACCACGGAUUAUGGAAAGAGGCGAGACUUAUGGGGAACAGGGAAAAGGCUGGGCCAGAGCCAAUACCACAUUCUGAACAUGGGGAGCCAGGGAAAAGAGGUGCUGGUUUCUUCUGGCAAGUCUGGGGUGGCUGGAACAGUGUUCACUGCCAAACACUGCCCAGCGCUAAACGCUCGCUAGCACUGACUGACUGUUCCUGCGAUGGCCACGGGAGACCCUUCCCCCCAGAACCUGCUCCUGAAACCUGGCAGGAUUUGUGCCAUCCGGAGGAAGGGGCUCUUACCCCCAGCCAGCUUCCGCGUCUGUUUCUUCAGUUUAUUGGCAUCAGACCUUACAACAGACUCAAAAAGCCUUUUCCUCCCGUCUUAUUCUAAACUGGAAGAGGACAGGAGAAAGCACAAGACGAAAGGGCCCCAGGAGGAAUCCCAAGGUAGAGGGCAAAAUGACAUUCGAGGGGUGCAGAAGAUGUUGGAUUUAGUUGCAAGUGGAACCGGCUUCCUCACUCAUCCGUCCCACACGGCACAGACAGACCCCACCCUGACGGCCUGAGCUCCUCUACAGAGGCCGAGCACAGGGGUCAGCCACCCCUGCCUAUGGCUCCCAGGUCCUGCUCCAGCUUCUUUCUAGAACCAGAAGGGCUCUAACUUCAGCAGGCUCCAUCGCUGACCUCACAGGAUGGCAGCUCCUGCACCAGGCCCUCAGUUGCUAGGUGCUGGCUCCUCCUUCUCUACCCAGCUGUCUGCCUGUUUGAAACAGAUGUCACGAGAAUCGGACUCAGAGGAAGGGCCGAGAUCCGAGGACUACUGAGCACUUCCUCCUGGGAGACUCCAGGGUGCCAGCUGCUGACUGAUCGAUUCCAUAAGAAACUAGCGCAUGGAGGCGGAAGCAAGGCACACCUGGGCCCGGCCCCGUGCCGGCUGCCCUGACCCAGCCUCCCCGCCCGGCGGCCGGCUCUCCCAGGAGGCUCACCUUUUCAACCAUCCGCUGCACCUCAAGCUGCAGGGGAGUCAGGCGCCUUCGGAACUCCUGUAGCAGCCGCUGAAGCUGGUGCUUCUGUCGCUCCGCCGUCCGGGCCGUCUCCUCAGCCUCAGCCAGCCGGGUUCUCAGCUCCUGCAUCUCUGCGGCCAGCGUCUUAUUCGUCACUUCAGUGGCUGAGAAGCGGUUAUGGCUCUCCUCUGGCGGGGGAAGACAGGAAAGACUGCCAAGCUAAGGAGGGGAGUGUAGGGCCAGAGGGCUGGAGGCUGAGGGGCGGGCGUCCCGCUCGGCUCCUUGCGUCUGCGCCCGGCUGCAACAGGUCCCCGCGCCGCCAGCCACUCACCCAGCUUCAGCUCCAGUGUGUGAAUCUUGUUCUCCAGGUAGAGCCGCCCGCUGUCCUGCUGCUCCGCACGCUGCAGCAGGUUCCCCACGUUGAUGAGGCUGCCGUUGUGGGACACCAGGCCCUUGUGCUCCACAGGGGCAGCGCCCGGCUUGGCACUCUUCCCAGGAGGAGGUAGCAGGUCCAGGUUUCCUAGAAGGGCCGUGAAAAGACUCAGAGACGGUCCCGGGAGAAAGCAGCCUGCUCCGCUGUCCCCAGAAGGCCGCAGAGCACAGUACGCACCGAAGAGCACCUCCUCAGGGAGCCCCCCGUCCGGGCCCUCCGGGCGGCUGUACUGAAGGCUCCGAUACUGGCAGAUGUUCUGGGCCACCACCCUGCUGACCAGCUGUUUGGCCUGUAGGAAGCACACACCCAAGAUGCCCACGGAUGAGAAGGUGCAAGUCCCCCCACAAUGGCGUGCAAGAACCUAGAACCACAGCAUCCCGAGCCGCGCAUGCACACGAGGAUGUCGGGCGAGGCAUCUCAGAGAGGCCUAGGGCGGGGCAUGAGAAGGCACCUGCUCUGCGCUGAGCCGGAGCCCAAGGGUAAGCAGGAUCCUCUCCAAGUCUCGCCGAUGCAAGUAGCCACACCAGUUGGCAUCAAAGAAGACAAAAGCAAGAAGACAGUCCAGAGGGAGCACAGGAGAGGGGUCCAGCUCCUUGGGCUAAAAGAGAAACAAGGAAGAACAGGAUUUACAAACAGGUCCCUUGAUGCUCAAUCACCCAGGACGAAGCCCUUAUAAAAUCAAGCCGCUUGAUAUUUAAAAUGGAUAACCAACAAGGACCUACUGUAUAUAGCACAGGGAACUCUGCUCAAUGUUAUGCGGCAGCCUGGAUGGGAGGGGAGUUUGGGGGAGAAUGGAUACAUGUACAUGUAUGGCUGAGUCUCUUUGCUGUGCACCUGAAACUGCCACAACAUUGUUAAUUGGCUAUACUCCAACAUAAAAAGAAAAGUUUAAAAAACACAAAAAGAAUCUAGCAGCUUGGCUGACACACUCACACCUUCCAGUUAGAGACCUGACCCUGGGCCAGGCAAGUCCCUUGGCCUGUAACCAAAGGCGUCUUUGGGGCAUUUUCACCCCAGGGGCUGUCACACAGAGGAAUCUUGGGUGCUCCCAGGUCAGACAGCUCGCUUAGAUCCGCCCUGAUGGAGAUACCGAAGUGCUCGCCUGGAUCCUACGAGCAUGCCAUCCCAUAAGCCAGGAACCACCUUUCGUCCUUCGUCUAUCAGAAGAUGCCAGAGGUCAUUUAGGAAAAGCACCCCUUUCCCAGGAGUGAGUCAGAGGCCUUGCUAAGCUUUCCUAUCACUGAGACCCAGAGAGGCACAGAGGUCUCACCAUGUCCUGAAGGGAUGAGAACUCCAUCUCUGACUGAUUCGAGGCAACCGACCGGACCUCGGAAUCCUCCAGCUUGGCUCCUGCUACAGAAAGCCAGAGAUGAACUUGGAGCUGGGAGCACACAGGCCCGGACUGGCUCCACACACAGCCAGGACGGGAGCCACAGAGCCAGGAAGCCGCCACCCGGGCAGGCGCCAGACAUACCGAACUCCUCCUCCCCAUCGUCCCUCAGGAGCAGCAGUUCGGGGUCCAGGGCCAUCUCGCAGAGGUCCUCGGACACCUCGCCCCGGGGUUUCUCUUCUUCCUCUCCCCCAGAAGAUGGGGGUUUGGGCAAAAGCCCGUCUUCCUUCUAGGAGAAGCAGACCAAGAUGAUGAGAGGAACUGCCCCUGUGACUACCAACAAUAACAACGGUUAACAUCUGUGCGUCAGCCGCGUUCAGGCACCGCGCCGAAGGCACAUACACAACGUCUCAUUUAACACACUUCGUUACAUGGGGGUCACAGAGCAGACCAGGGCGAGUUCCAGAUACCUGGGAUUUUCCUCAAGAGUCAAUCUCAGUCCCGUAAAAAAUUUGUUUACUUGACAGUAUUUAGGCAAGAAGAAGACCCAUGUGCUUUAGAAAUGUUUAAGAAAAUGCAGUGUUCUAGUUAACCGUCAGGUAAUCGAAACACCUGUACCCAUCAAAGCAUUCCUAUUAAUGGAGACUUCCAUGCUGCCGUGUCAACCACGCUUCCCUUCACUGCUCCAGGCCCGCCUCCCUUCUCCCAGGUACACCAACCACCUCCGGGCUGUGUGGCCACGUGGGAGAGUUAGGCGCCCCGCACCUGAGUCACACCAGGGUCACAGAGCGCGUGUGCGCAGUGAGCGAGGGGUGAUGAGAGGAGAGCCCUAAAGCACUCUGAGCAGCGCUGGUGCCACGCAGCGCCCCAGUUGUGUUCAGCAUUACCAUGUGCAGCCCCAGUGCCCGUGCACGGGGUCAGAGGUACUCACCGGCGGGGCAUCUGACUCGGCAGCUGUGCCCUCACUCUGUACCUCAUCCUUGGACUCCUUGGACUCCUCCUUGACCGCUUCUUCCUCCUUGGCCGCCUCCUCCUUCUCAGGUUCAGGUGCGGCCACGACCUUUUCAGGAAGGCUCAGCAGCAUCUUAUAAAUCCUAUAGCCAAAAUCCCUCUGCAGCAUCUCCAGAAACAGCUCAGCCAACACCAUCACCUGGUGGAAGAGGCAACAACGGGUCACGAGCAUCAAAAAAUGGGGUAUUCCAAACCCCACCAUCCUAUACGCCCUGCCCCACAGGCCCCAGACUCCUACACCUACCUCAAAAGAGAUCCUUUCUUUUGGCCUCCGGUCCUCCACGAUACUAUGGAUGGACAGGUUUACACAGCUGGGGCGUGCCAUGACAGCAGGUUCUAGAGGGGGUGGAGGGGCCUCUGGGAGAUCGGUGUCCAUUUCCUGCUGUGCAGUGACCUCCGGAUUCUCUGCAUUCUGUUUAGAGGUGUCUGCUGCCUGCUCUGAUACAUCAGCUGCCUGUUCUGUAGGCUCUGUUUCCUGUGACGAAAAGUCAAGAGCUAUGACCAUCUGGGUCCAGGGGUUAGGGCCCAGGGCCUCUACUUUCCCCACGUGUUCGUAAGGCUCAGCCUUACCACUGGCACCUCCUGGGGCGGGGGAGCUGCCUCUGCAGCUUUCUGCUGGCACAGGGCCUCCCACUCUUCCAAAGUAGGCAUGAUGGUCCAGAUGUCCGGCAGGUACACCACCACGGUCUGGAGCCGCCUCGGGGGUCCCAGCUGCAGGUACUGAAACUCGGCAAAGCGCCACCUGCUCACAGCAGAAGGAAAAAUGCAGAACUGACCCAUGACAUUUGUGAGGGCUUCAGUUUCCAAUCAGCAUUUAAUGAGCACAUACUGUGUGCCAAAUUCUGACAGUACAGAAAUAAAAUAUAGACCAAGUCUUCAAGAAAUGGUUAGUCAGUGGGGAGAGACAAGUAAGCAGACAAUUACUAUCCGAGGUGCCAUGGCAACAAGAAGGAGCACGGAAUGUGGCUGUGGGGCCACACCUGACGAGCCUUGGAGGGUCAGCUGGCCUUCAACACACUUACACACCCCUCGCCGUGCUCACGACCACUGCGAGGGCUGGAGGGAGGGGGUGACGAGCAGGGACUAGGGAACAGACGGGAACUAACAGGUCAGAAAGGCCCAGCAGAAGCCUGGCUCCCUGCCGGGUCUCGCCACUCACUGGGCAGCCACAGACAACAGCUCGGGCAGCCACUCACCACUUGGUGCAGGCACUCAAGUCGAUGCCGGUCUGGGCUUGCGCGCAGCGGAUGGCAGUGCGGACGAGCACCUGCGGGUCGCCCUUGGGGUCGAGGCCAUCCAGAGAAGGAGACCACUCGCCCCCCACCAACACUACCUCCUCUUCUUUCUGGCCCAGCAAAAACUGCAAAAAGAGAUCAGGGGUAAGAAACGAAAAACCAAUCAUGUGGGUCUCCCACAGGGAGGCAACCUGCCACCAGUGGGGAACAAAGGGUCCGCCACACUGGGGGCGGGAGGGGUAUCUCUACCCAUGAAUGUGAACCCCAUAUAAUUCUGAUAAGAAAGAACAUCUCUCAGCCAUGCUGUCCUCCCGGUAAAACGACUGGUAUCUCAGCCCCGAAACCCCGCUUCUAUGAGUUCCUGAGCAGGAGCAGAGCUGACAGGAACUGAACAUCAUCAGUGAGUGAGUCUUGCCUCCUGGGCUCCAGCUCUUACUUUAAUUUGCUUCAGAGGAUGUUCUGGCGUCUCCCUUGGCUCAGUCAUAUCAUCCACGAAGAGCAUGCAACAACGAUACAAUUCCUCCAACCCCGGGGAAGAGAGCAGCAGUACCUGGUAGGGACAGCAUAAAGGAGACACUCGAGAGCUUUCUCAGCCUCCAACAACGGGAUAAAGAGGCAGGACCCCAGCCAACUCACCUUGGAACUGUAAGCAGGGUCACUGUCUGUGGACGUGGGCUCAGCACCAGCGUCUGGAGCUGGCUCCUUCUCAGAAGAUGCCUGGAUGCGGCUUGGAUGAUGGAGGGAAAAGGGCUGGCUCAGAGGGAAGGCCGACAGCCAGCUCAGGUGCACAGCCAGAAAAUCUGCGGGAACCAGCAGGGUGCGGUAGCGGCGCUGGAGUUCUAAGAAGUCACAGGUGGAGCUAUGGGAAGAAAGCAAGGGAGUCCAGAUGGAGCCAAGACUAAAUUAUUUUUAAAAAUGGAACCAUAAAAGACCUGAAAGAAAAAGGGAGCAGAUUAUUUUAUAAUCUGAGAAAAGAAGAGCUUUCUAAGUAAGACACUUCUGAAAAGAUAAAAAUGGAUCAGACUUGACCAUUAAAAUGUCACAACCUCUAGUGGCAAAAUAAAGUCAAUCUGGGGAAGGAAAACAAAAGACAUCUGCAAUAUGUGAAAGAGAAAAGGGUCACUGUCUUAAUAUAAAAGGAACCCACAAGUCACUAACAAAGUUCACAAGUCUAAGAGAAAACUGGAAAAACGGACAGCAACAGAUAACUUAGAAAAAGAAAUGAGACUUAGGAGCUCAUGAAAACAUGCUCAAUCUCACUCAUAAUUAAAUUCAAAUCAGGGUAUCACUUUUCACCUAUCAGACUGACAAAGAUCACAAAGCUGGAUAACAGUGUUGGCAAAGGCUGGGGGUGCAAGAACCUCACACCUCGUGUGAGAACGUAAACCGAUACCGCCUCUGUGAGCGGCCUGGCAAUACCUGUCAAGGCUGACAGACCUGUGAGCCAGCUACUCCAUUUCUAGGAAUUGAGCGCAAUAAAAUGCUCGCACCUGUCCACGCAGAUGUAUAGAGAAGGAUGUUUAUUAUUACAACAAUGUUUAGGAUAAUUAAAGACUAAAAAUGGAGAACUGGUUAAAUAAAUUCUGGUCCAUUCAUUUAGUAGAAUGCUGUGCAGUUGCUAAAAAGAAUGAGAUCAGUCUAAUAAACUUUAACGUAGAAUAAAUUCCAAGACAAGUGAAAAAGCAAAGUACUGAACGGUAUGUACAAUAGGUUUCCAGUUGUGUUUUAGGAAAAAAACCACAGCUGUGUGUGUGUGGCUAAUUGUUAGCGGUCAUGUUCUGACCACAUGAGGAGGCUCUACAUUCACCCCUCCAGUGGUGAUGAUGUGGGGACCAGUAUCUCAUCAGAUUAACCUUGGGAGGCAGGUGGGUCAGCAUGGAGAAAAACAAGCCCUGCCUGGGCCUGGAGAGAGGAAGCGGUGACAGGGGAAGAACAGUGGCAGCCCUCCUUCCCUGCCAUCUUGAGGAGGUGGUGCCAGGAGGCUGCCCUCACCUCAGCUCGGACUUAGGUGGACUUGGCUCUGGGGCCUUAUCUCUAAUACAGCAGCUGGAGCCCUGCAUCUCCCCUGCUAGAUGGAAUCUGGAAUUGCUCAUCUACCUCUCAGUCAGUGAGUUUCUACGUGUGCGGAGUAAGCUUGUGGGCCAGUGUCCUCAUACAUGCUGUAGCACUUAAAAAAUAAUUUAGAGCUUCCCUGGGAAACCAGUCCCAUGGUUCCUAUGACCCCCAGUUUCUACCUGACUUACAACUGGUAUUGGGCACCUGGAUGUUGAUUGAUAAGCCUUGAUUAUAGCCUGGCCUAACAAUUUCUGGUGAUCAAAUCAUAAAGUUCUAUCAAGGGCACCCAUGUCAGUGGUGCUAUGCUGGUCAGAACUUGAGAUUUUGAAGUAAAAAAUCUGUCACAUUAAAAAACAAAAGUGAAACAAAAAGGUCAUGAGCGCACGCACGCACGCGCGCGCACACACACAUACACUCACUCACUCUUACUCCCAGACUAUAUCUCACUUACACAAGAAACUGUUACCAGCUACAAGUCUCAGCCCCCACCCCAGCCUCACCACUCACCUGUCCACAGUGUAGGGAGUGAGAUGGACUCGGUAAGGAGGCAGGUCAUGCCUUGGUUUCUUAGCACCCCAAGGCUCUCCACCAGCCCGCUGUUUGCGUUUCUUGGAGUCAUAGUCAUCGCUGGAGGUUGAUCCAUUACCAGAAGGAAGAGACCACACUGUUACAUAUAGAUUCAGUACAUACUGGCCUAAAAAGAACUGGAAACCAUCUGAAUCCCCAACUUUAAAAAUAAAGAAGCCAUGCUAACAGUCAUAUAAGAGUGCUACAAAAGACAUUAAGAUAUUUAAAUGCUUUUAAUAACACAGAAAACCAUUCAUGUUAAACAAAAAGAAUUAUAUGGAACACUAUAUAUACAAUAGUGCCUCAAAUGUGCCAAAAAAAGCUUUAAAAAGAAAUAUUAAUGGUGGAUACCUCUGACAGAUAAAGGUGAUGAAUAAUUUUCUUAUAUUUAAUAUAAUUUUUUGAAAUGAGAAGAAGAAUUUAACUGAUUUUUUUUUUACUAAGAUAUAUAUACAUAUGGCACCAUGCUACGGGUUCUGUCAAGUUUCACUAAAAGAGACAGUUCUGGGGCUUCCCUGGUGGCCCAGUGGCUGAGAGUCCGCCUGCCGAUGCAGGGGACACGGGUUAGUGCCCCGGUCUGGGAAGAUCCCACAUGCCGGGGAACGGCUGGGCCCGUGCGCCAUGGCCGCUGAGUCUGCGCGUCCAGAGCCUGUGCUCCGCAACGGGAGAGGCCACAACAGUGAGAGGCCCGCGUACCGCAAAAAAAAAAAAAAAAAAGACAGUUCUGGUAAAAACCCUUAACACUACACAUUAGAGUCAUAAAAAUACUGAAACCCUUCGAUCCAGUAAUUUCACUCUUAAAAAUUUAUCCCAAGGAAGUUAAUUCAGAAGAAGAAAAAAGGUUAUAUAUAGUAGAAGAAAUUCAAGCCGAGUAAGAAAACCACAUGUGGCACUUCCCUGGUGGCACCGUGGUUAAGAACCCGCCUGCCAAUGCAGGGGACACGGCUUCGAGCCCUGGUCCGGGAAGAUCCCACAUGCCGCGGAGCAACUAAGCCCGUCUGCCACAACUACUGAGCCUGCGCUCUAGAGCCCGCGUGCCACAACUACUGAAGCCCCUGUGCCUAGAGCCCGUGCUCUGCAACACGAGAAGCCACCACAAUGAGAAGUCCACGCACCGCAAUGAGGAGUAGACCCCGCUCACCGCAACUAGAGAAAGCUCGCGCGCAGCAACAAAGACCCAACACAGCCAAAAAUAAAAUAAAUAAAUGUAUAAAAAAAAAAAGAAAACCAUGUGUGUAUCUAGCAAUCCUGAAUUUUCAUAGUAAAUAAGUACAGUAAUCAUACAGCCAUUAAAACAAUUAUGAGGAUUACAGUGCAAUAUGGAACAGAUGUUCGAUAAGAACGUAUAAAAAAAUCUGAACUCAAAGAUUUAAAUUAUAAAAAGUAUGCAUAUAUAUAGACAAAGACUAGAAAAGAACAUGGGGGGAAAAAGUAGCAGAAAGUAAAUUUGCUUUUCAAAAUUAUUUUCUAAAGGUCUUUAAGAAU